UAGAUGCUCUGUAAUAGACAGACAAACAUAUCACAUAUUACAUGCAAAUAUAUGUUUUUUUUAAGGUAUUUGAGAAUGAGACAAUACUUGCGCUCCAAAACUCCUCGCCUACGUUGGACUGCUGAGCUUCACCAGUCUUUUUUGCAUGCAAUACGGCGGCUCGGCGGUGAAAACAAGGCCACACCGAAAUUGAUUAUAGAGAUGAUGGGCAUAGAUGAGCUGAAAACUUCCCAUGUCAAAAGCCAUCUUCAGAUGUACCGGAAUAUGAAGAAAUGUGAAAACUGCCCAGAGCCCAAACAAUUAGAAAACUACAAUCUACACGGAUUUGAGAAUAGCAGAGGAAACAAAGAUGAGAACUCCCCAUUUUCAGAGCUUGAGAAGAAGUCGGAGAUAAGCCAAGACUUCUCCUUCUACUCAAACAAAAGAAACAGCAUUACAAUCCCAUCGACUUCAUCUCAGUAUGGGAAUGGGAAUGGCGGCCAAGCAACAACUUGGGAUAACAAAUUAUUUGGAACAAGGCCUCACACUAAAAAAUUCUACAAGAGCCAAAACUUAAAUCCAGCGGAAUAUCGUAAACAACAUCUGGUUCAUUUUAUACAUAGACAGUUGCAACAUACUCAAAGGAAGAAAGAGAAGCAUCAGUUUAACCUAUCUGAACAGGGAUUAGAAAACAGUUUAUUCCACCAGCAUAGAAUAUUAUGUUCGUCUGGUACCAGCAAUGAGAAAAAGAAAGCAGUUUCAGAACAGGAUCAAAUUUCAUGUAACAGCAGCAUUGAUUCAGAUUCAGUACUGGUUUUAAAUGGUAGUCAGUGUGAUAAUGAUGAAAGAGCUGAAUCAACAGAAGGAGAUGGUAUCAGAAUUCUUAGAGAGGAGGACAUUCGAUUAGAACUAUCAAUUUCUAUUUAUUAAUCAUUCUUUAGCAUGGUUUCUUUCUCUGCCUAACAAUGGUAGCUUGAGGGAGAUAUACUAUUGUAAACAUGAUCAUACAAAUAGAACAUUAGCAGUCUUUAUUUCAAUUUUCAAAGAAGCAGAUAGCUGUGUACAUUGCAUUGACUUAGACAGUCACUUUAUCAAUUAUAUGGAAAUUUCAUGCAGGUUUGCUCA